GUCUUUGGAUCCUCUGGUCAAAGCUUUGAGAUAACAUAUUUUCUGUGGGUUAUUGAACAAUAGGUACACAGGGUGUGGCCAUAAAUGUGAAUUAUUAAGCAUCCAGCUGAGAGUGCAAUAGAAACUCUACCCAAAUGAUCACCUAUCAGCCUUUUUCAACUGUUAACUUAAAACCCUGCUGUUAACGGCAGCACGUGCUCCAGAUCACGUGGGGACGUGAAUCACGUGCUCUUUUCAGCUCUGCGCACGCUCAACCUCGUUUUCGGUGACAUCAACUCUGGGCUACGGCAGGCCACUUGUGACUAAGUACACGGUGAGCGGACGUAAUCUCUUCGCGUGCAGGUUGAAAGGAAUGGAGCGAGUUCUAUUCUACUGGUGUUCCUUGCCAACACCAUGAUCUGACCUGAUGGAUUUAAAUGAAGGAUCCAAAGAUUCUGGAGCAUCCUUUCAUCAGCUGCCAGCCAAGAGCAAAGAACAAAGGGAGCGAAUGGAUGUUGAAGAUCCACAAACUGAGGCAAAUGGAAACUACGAGCAAGGAGUAACCACUGAACCACAAGAUACCAAGGACUCAGGUGGUAGUGGCGAUCUGCUGAUAAAGGCAGGCUCCGAUGCUCGUAAAAGGAAAAUCAGGUUGGAGGACGGCGAGCGGAUGUAUACUGAUCACCCUCCAGCCAAAAGAUUGAAAACUGUCACUUUUGAAGAAUCUCAGGGUAGCAGAAACACUAUGGUUUCAGAGGCUGUACCUCUGCCAUCUGACUUACAGCCACCUCUGACGCAUACAGGAGAGGAGCAAAAUGAAGCAAAGGGAACUGCUGAAGGCUGCCAAAAUCAAGCCAGAAAGAUCAUAGCUGGAGUAGCUCUAACAUGCCCUUCUUGCAACUUUCUGGUGAAAAAUAAAAUUGCACUGAAAAUUCACACCAAGCAAUGUCACUUCAAUGACAACAAUCUCGUCUGUGAUAUCUGUAAUGUUACAAGCCCAUCAGAGGAGAGUCACAGAAAGCACCUUUCUUCUGUUCUCCAUAAAAAGCGAACAAAAAGCACAAGGGAAAGUACAGGCACAAAGGAGGGAUUUAACUGUCGGCUUUGUGGCCAGUUAAUGCCUUCACGUUACGACUUAGACAAGCACAUUAAAGAGAAUCAUUCCAAAAGGUCAAAAACCCAUGUUUGCCCUCAUUGCAAAUUCAAAGCAGCAAGUGGAGCAUCUUUGCAGGUGCAUCUCAAACGCAAACAUGUGCAAAAAGAAAGUUUAGGUUGUGAUCUCUGUGGCUUCCGGUGUUAUGAUGAAAACCUGCUGAAAGCCCACUGCCGUGGGAAGACUCACCUCCGCCGUAAGAAUCUCGCUGCACGAGGUGGAUACAUACAUUUGCUCUCCAAAAAGAGGCUUCCUGUUGAAUCUAGUGCCAAAGGCAAAGCAGAGAGAGCAAAAUGCAUCAGCAAUGAUGGCCCAAGUUUGCGCAAAAAAAACAAAAAUUUGGGGAGAGCAAAGAAUAAGGGUACUGCCCAAAAGAAUAAUAGAAGUGCAAAGUGUGUAGAGAGUCCAGAUAGUGAUCACUGUGAAGAAGCUCCAUCGAGUAAGGCAGACGACGGAGUACAGCUUGCUGAUGGUCAUGUCAGAAAAACAUCUCCCCAAAAAAUUUCAAGAAGAGUAAAAGAACCAUCUGAUUUGCUUCAAGAAUCGGUUGGCAAACAAAGAUUAAAGUGCUCUGAUGAAGGUCAUAUCAGCAGCUUGAGACCACAGAGCACGCGCUGCAUAGACAAGGUUGAACGCAAUCAGCAGAUGAAAAAUAAGGGUCAGUUUUCUCAAGAAGAGGUGGGGAAACAGAGGGCUUCUCGAAACCUAAGAGAAAGCCUUUUGAAGAUGGAUAAUAGACGAGGUAGAGGGCGUCCUCCUGGCAGGAGGAAUGUUAUUCCUGACAUCCAGCGUGGUCAAGCAAAACUUGCUGGAAAGAAGAAUCAACGUUUAAAAUCAAAACACAAAAUUGCCAGAGCAACAGAUCAACUUGACAGCAAUCCUGAGAAUCAAGGUGGAGUUGGUGAUGCAGACACAUCAACUGGGACUGAGGCAAGCUUAGAAAAUGAGAAGUCUUCCAAAAAAAGUUGCCCAAGUCGAAGUGAAAAAGCUGAAGCAGCCACACCAGUAGCUCUUCAGGAGCCAACCCUAGUUAAGAACAGUAAUGGGAACAUGUCUCAGGUUCAAAACCUUGUGACCCCAUCUACCAUCCAAGCAGAUAACAAAACUCCCAACCCUGAGAAUCCUGAAUCGAAGCUAAGCCCAGCCGAUCGCAAAGCCCUCCGCACUUGCUCUUACUGUGACCAUGUGUUUCAGAACAGGAAGGGGUUGGAGGUUCACAUAAAGAGACGCCACACAAAAGAAAUGGACUUCCACUGUCAGCCAUGUGGCUACGCUUGUGUCACUAAGGGUGAUUUUGAAAAACAUUGUCAAAGCAACAGGCAUCAGUUGAACUUCUCCCAAAUCGACUGUCGACUCUGUGCAUUUGUAACCUUAAAUGAAGGGGCUUUGAAAGAGCACAUGAGCCAAGAGCACAAAAUAGCCUUUUACUGCUCUGCGUGCAGGGUACACUUUGCAUCAGAAGAGGAUCUAGUGGACCAUGAGGGCUCAGAGCAGCACAAAAGUCUUGUGCUUGCCCAGCAAAAAGAUAAGAUGUUGGAGCAAAUUGAAAACCAGCAGCCAAGGAAAGUGAAUCCAAGUAAGACCACUUCAGAUGGUAAUAGAGAUCCUACCAUCCCAAAAUGUGGCCUUUCGUUUAAAGAUCCUCAGAAGCCUUCCAUAGCAAGAGUGGUUGCAGGGAACAUUUUGAGACGUUCAACACACAGCAAGCUUCAAUUACAAUGCAAGAGCUGCUUUUACAAAGCUCGAUCAGCAACGGUACUUUUGAAACACAUAAGACUCAGGCAUGCACAGGAGUAUCGAUUUCUUUGUAAAGUAUGUAGCCUGUACACAAUUAGCAGGGAAGCUAUGGAAAAGCAUGUUAAACGGAGUAGACACAUUGAGAAUGCUAAGAAAAGAAACCUAGGGCCAUCACUGGAGGAAUGUGUGGAGGAGGUGUCCAUUGGGGUUCAUGAUGUACAAAAUACUAUAAAGACCACUGGGGCUUUGGGGAAUGUUAAUAGUGAAAUAGACAAAGGCUUUGUUCAGGUCCUUGAACCAUCAAAAUCCAAACAGGUAUUUGUUGUAACCUGGGAAAUAUCAGAAGGUGAUGCAACCAGCGUGGAAAAUGUUGAAAAAGGUAAUGACCAUGCAUCAGCAGAAGGCAUCAAAAAAGGACGGCCUAAAGGGAACAUUUCUCGAACAUGUCCCCAUUGCGGUUUAUUGGCUUCCAGUGUGACAAACCUGAAUAUUCACAUAAGGCGGAAACACAGUCAUCAGUACAGCUACUUUUGCAAGGCAUGUAACUACUACACUGUCACCAAAGGAGACAUGGACCGUCACUGCAACACAAAGAAACACAAGAGUCGUGCUGAUGUCUCCAAACCUGUAGAGAUCUGUAGGAAAGCCACUAUGUCGAACAAUAAAGACAAUCCUCAAAUUGUUGGGACUGAUCCCCCUGCAUUUCCUGCAGCUGACUGUGUUGAGCAGAGCAGCAGUGCUGCAGAUCUGGCGAUACAUGAAGUAAAGGAGCAGUCUGGAGUCACUGAGGACUGCACUCAGGUAAAUCUCGAGAGUGAUCUUCCAGUACAAAAUAAAGAGCAAGUAGAUGAACAAAAAGGAACAGAGGCAAUCCUUGAGGUAGAGCCAAAUCAUAUGGGGCAGGAUGGCAGUUCAUCCAGCACAAAACGACUCAAAGGGACCCCCACCACUACUUGUAUAUAUUGUGGCUUUGUUGCUUAUUCCCAGGCUACCCUGGAGUUGCACAUCAAGCGUAAACACACAAAAGAUUUUGACUACUAUUGCAUGGCAUGUGAUUACUAUGCUGUCACUAGACGUGAAAUGAUGAGGCAUGCUUUUACGGAAAAGCAUAAACUUAAAAGUCAAUCCUACCUGAAAUUAAAUCAGGGUAAAGGGCAGUCUGCGGUGCGUGCAUCGAUAACAGUAACCAGCGCACCAAAGGGUGGGAGUCAGAAGGAAGAGACAGAUUACCCACUUCAAGAGAUAAGCAAUGAAGGGGAAAAAGCUUCGGAACUUCCUCAAGAGGCUACACAGGAGUCUGCUUUACAUACUGAACCUAAGAGAGUGCCAGAAAGCAAUGAGAUAACUAAUGAUUGCAAAGAGACAACAGCUGUGCUUGAGUCAACAGGACCACAAGAAAAAUCCUUCCAAAAUGAAGUAGUGAAUCAAGGAGAGCUAAUUGAGACAGUACCUGCAGUGCAUAAUUCGGAGAAUUUUUCUGAAGUUGAACCCAGAGUAGUAAAUGAAAAAAAUGCCUGCCCAGGUGCCGAGAGUUCCUCUGUAGAUUUGAAUUCUGUAUCAGGGAAGUCAGGGGAACUGGAGGGCACCAAAGAUCAGGUUGGUGAUAUACCUACAGAAGGUGAUUCAAAUCAGUGUAUGGACAUUGUCAUGAUGCCGAACACCAGUGUGGCAAGCAAUGAUGCUGAGGCUCCUCAGGUAAGAGAGGUGGAUAAUCUUCAAGAAGUUGUCCUUGGAGCCGAGAGGCCGAAAUAUAAUAAACCAAUGAAAGAGACCAUGAAUUUGGAUAGAAGACCUAAUGAGUUGGUUAAUUCAGAUAGAAACAUUUUGAAUUGCAGUGGUUUGGCAGAAUAUGCAAACGUGCAAAUGGGACCUUCAGCCCUUCCAGGAGGCAGUGAAGGUAACACAAUGGAGCAGCCUGCGAGGAAUUCAGAUCACCUUCAACCUAAUCGUGUGCAGCAAGUUGAGAGCAGCUGUGAAGAUAUUGCAACAAAUUCUAGUUCAGAGGUACCUGGGCAAAGUGAGGGUGAACGUGAGCAGGUUAUUGAGUGUGAGGAAGCUCAAGAUACAGGUGAUGCACCCUUGAAGGAGAAGGCCAAAGAUGUGAAAAAUGCAAAUGACGUGAGGCAAGAUCCGGAGGGUAAUACAGUAGAAGCAGCUGAGAGUUCUAGUGAGGACCUCAGAAAGUUGGAGUUCCAGGGUAAGGGACUGCAAAAAUAUUUUGAGUUUGAUUCCUCCAUUGUGAGAUUGAAGAACAAGUCUGGCACUGAAAAAUCUGAGUGUGCUGAAAAUAGUGAAGAUAGCCAGGGAGCAGAUGGGAUCUCACCCAGCGAGUGGGCUGUAGCAGUUUAUAAGACAGAUCCUUCACAGGCUGCAAGGAAGAGGAAGGCAAAAGGGGCCUUGCUGCAGGACCCGAAACGGAUUCGCUGUGAAGACUGUGGGUUCCUGGCUGAUGGUGUCAAUGGGUUGAAUGUCCACAUUGCUAUGAAGCAUCCUUCUGCUGAAAAGCACUUCCACUGCUUGCUGUGUGGGAAGUCAUUCUAUACUGUGAGCAACCUGCACCAGCACUUGGCCAGUGUGGGUCACCAGAGGAUGGAACAGGAGAGCAUAGAAGAGUUGCCAGAGGGUGGUGCCACCUUCAAAUGUGUCAAGUGCAGCACACCUUUCGAAUCGGAGCAGGAUCUUUUUGUUCACAUUAAGCAGAAACACGAGGAAAUGCUGAGGGAAGUAAAUAAGUACAUCGUGGAAGACACUGAGCAGAUAAAUUAUGAGCGGCAGGAAAACCGAGGGAAUGUCUGCAAGUAUUGUGGGAAGGUGUGCAAGAGCAGCAAUUCCUUGGCAUUUCUUGCUCACAUCCGUACGCAUACUGGAUCAAAGCCUUUCCGAUGUACACUCUGUAACUUCGCAACAGCACAAUUGGGAGAUGCUCGUAAUCAUGUCAAACGGCAUCUUGGGGUUCGUGAAUACAAGUGUCACAUAUGUGGAUGGGCCUUUGUUAUGAAGAAACAUCUCAGCACCCAUUUAUUGGGAAAACACGGCAUUGGAACACCAAAAGAAAGGAAAUUUGUGUGCGAGAUUUGUGACCGAACAUUCACUGAGAAGUGGGCCCUGACCAACCACAAGAAGCUGCAUAUGGGCCAGAAGCCUUUCAAGUGCCCUUGGCUGACCUGCCACUAUUCUUUCCUCACAGCAUCUGCCAUGAGAGAUCACUUCAGGACCCACACAGGGGAGAAGUCAUUUCUGUGUGACCUCUGCAGAUUUGCUGGUGGAACUCGCCAUGCCCUCACCAAACACCGACGACAGCACACAGGUGAAAAGCCAUUCAAAUGUGACCAAUGCAACUUCGCUUCCACAACACAAUCCCAUCUGACCCGACAUAAACGUGUCCACACAGGAGAGAAACCUUAUAAGUGUCCUUGGUGUGAUUACAGGUCAAACUGUGCAGAGAAUAUUCGGAAGCACAUCCUACAUACGGGCAAACACGAGGGUGUACUGAUGUACAAUUGUCCAAAGUGCGAGUAUGGAACCAACGUACCGUUAGAAUUUCGGAACCAUCUCAAGGAGCUUCAUCCUGACAUUGAGAAUCCAGAUCUGGCAUAUCUCCAUGCAGGCAUAGUUUCCAAGGCGUAUGAGUGUCGUUUGAAAGGACAAGGGGCACAGUUUGUGGAGACGGCUGUUCCAUUCAACACACCUCCAAGCACGAAUUCUACUGAGGUCACAGGCGAUUCGGUCAGUGGCUGCAUUCAACAGCAGGAAACAGCUGAGCCACUCGGGCAAGUCAUCAUAAUCCAAGGCUAUCAAGAUAACUAUGGGGAAACUAUCCCCAUUGAUGCCUCGGUGGAAGCCACAGCAGCAGCAACUCUCCAGACAUUGGCCAUGGCUGGCCAGAUGGCCCAGGUGGCAGAGGUGGUCCACAUCACAGAGGAUGGCCAGCUUAUAGCCACUGCGCAAGGUGCCAGCCAGCUCGAUGGUAUGAUGCCUGGGCAGAUUCUGUCACAACACCUGGCGUCGGGCACCACCCAGGUUGUGGUGGUGGAGAGUCCCGUUAGAGGAGGGGAGGCUGGGGAAGCUGCCAUGACCAUGGAGACCCUUGGUGAUCCCAGUCACGUAAUCGAGCAUGUGGUGACUCAGGAAGAGUCGGCAGGGCAGUCUGCAGAUGUGCCCACAGCCCUGGACGCACUCCUGUGCGCCAUCACAGAGCUGGGUGCGGUGGAGGUGAGGUCGACCGAGCAGGGAGGCAGCGAACUCACCCAGAGGGAAGCUGGCACUGCCAGACCUGCCGUUGAGGAGGUCACCCCAGUUGCAAGUGAGCCACUAGGGACAGAAGCCCAGGCCUCCCAUGAGGAGCAAGUAGCAAAUGAAGCCACAAGGACUGUGGAGGUGACAUCAGAGGUCGAACAGCCUGUAUCCAUCAACGAUACCACAGCAGAGACGUUGCCUCAGGCUUCCCUCAGUGACAUGGUGCAAGAGGUCCUACAGUUUACCAUGUGUGACAUAAGGACAGCCAGCCACAUUGUGAAAGAUGGCAUCACACAGGUGAUAGUGACCAAAGAAGGAGCUGCUCACAUGAUGGAGGGGGCCUCCCAGAUCAUAAUGCAGGAAGGCGAGGAGCAAACUAUAACCACCAGUGGGCACCCCGUGCAGCUGAUAGACUCUGAUGGCAGUAUAUCGCAGUUAAUCGUCUCGGAGGAAAUCGCCCAAGCCAUGGUUCAGGAGGCCACCACUCAUAUGUCUGAGGAAACGACUCACGUUAUUGUUACCGAGCUGCCCCACGGCAUGGUGAACAGCAUGGGCUCCAGGACAGUGACAGAGCUUUACCCUCAUGGUGUGAUGGAGCUGAUGGCAGAGGGUGUUUCUGCCCUCAGUCACCCAGUGACGACCAUCGCAUUGACGGAGUGCUACACUGAGGGCAGGUCAGAAGUAGUCAUGACAGAAUUGCCAGCGGGGGAGGAGCAGGAAAUGGAAGUAGGUGAGAGCCAGGAGGCAUGACCAGCCGUCAGUACGGGAGGAAGGUUCAUUAGAAAGACAGAAUUGCAAAACGUGGCUAGUAUGGCAUAUGUCAGUGAUUCAGAACCUGGCUGUGGAAAAAUGAUUGGGAUGCAGCACCCACUAUCUCAUUAGAUUCAGAUUCAGCAAGGAUUAGCUUAUAAUAAUGACUUCACUGGAGCAAAGGAAUUUUUAAAAUUCAUUGUCUGUGAUAAUACAGCUCCACAAGUUAUGGGUACAAGAUGCCUCUAAGAGGAGCACAGGAGAGCGUGCGUGAUUUGGCCUGCAUUUUGCCAGAUACUGUACCUCCAUGAUUUCUAUUAUGCAGGCUUGCUUAUUCCAGCUGGCAUUUAAAGUGGAGAAGAUCGAAAGCGGUAACACAGAGAGAGGAGCUGAAGGCAUGUGGGUGAGGAAAAGAGAGGAACUUUGGCAAAUGCUCAGCAACAGUCUUAGUCUUGAGGGAGGUGGGGAAGGUGAGAGAUCAUCUCAAUCUCAGGGAGUGAUGUGGACAUAGGGGGACCAAAAGUGAUGAGAAAGAAACACGGUUUAGAAAGGUUCAAGAGAUGAAUCAUUUAAUUGGGUGACUCAGUCGAUCUGUGUUUAGUUCUGACUUGAGCCCUAAAGAUCCUGGGUGUGAGUUGCCUCUGGACUCCAGUACAAAAGCUCUGAUAGCCACGUAUUUCUUUAAUUACCUUCCUUCUACAAGGCAAAAGCAGAAACUGAGCUAAAAUCUAGUCAGAAAACACAACGACAUGGGUGGAGGAACUAAGGAGAGAUUCCCUGCAUUUUCCUAACUUUGCAUUUGGCUUUUGUCAAAGAUGCUAGGAGAAAAAUAGGUUCAACCAAGUACUGCAUACCCAGUCACAGUGAAAUGCUAUAUGCAGUUAGCUAUUUAUUUUGAUUAUUCCAACACUGAUUUUUCCCCAAACUUAUAAAUUCUGAAGAAUGCAUCUAUUUCGGCGCUUGUUUUCUUUUGUUGUACUUAUUUUUGAGAAGGUGGGGAGAGGGGCAGCUUAACUGCUCAGGUGGCCUGUUUAUCUGUACAAUAGGUGGAAGAUGAUACGAUAAUAUGUGCUUUUUAUAUUUGACAAUCGUUAAUAUGGCUCUGGAAAAAAGGAAAAGUUUGUGUUUUUCUUUUUGUUAAGCGCUUGUACCAAUAAACAGUUCUGUUUAAAGAGAGAAAGAAAGAAAUUUCUAUAAUUCAUAGAUCCCACUUGCAUUUUCAAGACUACAAGCAAUUAAACAAAAUUGACUAAACUUUUUUAAAGAAAGAGAAUUAGGUGCUUGGCUGGAACCCAGUAUUUUAAGUGAUUCAUAUGUUUACCAAUUAUGAAAAUAAGCCCUGUUUUAAUGUACAAUUAGUGAAUAACAAUAUAAUUAUAUGAUGUGUUUUACACACAGUGCAGCAACCAAUACACUCCUAAAUCUGUCAAAUGCAUAUAAAUAUUAUUUUAUACAUUCUUAACAACUUAAUAGGUUCAGAUCUACUUGAUUUUGUGCAUCUGCAAAGUCCUUGUGUUUCAUUCUGUGGCAAAAAUAUUAAUUGCAUCCUUUGCAAAGAAGAACAUUCAGAAGUGUGUGAGGCAGUGAAGGAAAUGAAGUGACCACCAGCUGUAUUGUCCACUUUGCCUUGCAGCUGCUGUACUGGUCCCGUUCACUGAAUAUCACGACACUUUUUGUUCUGAGAAUGACGCACGGGAGCACAAAUGUUAACUGGGAAUCCAGUUACUGAGUGUUUAGUGGAGGAAAACAUGCCAGCUUAAACCUGGAUACAUGGGCACUGAUUUAAUCGAGAGAGUUUUCUUCCAAGCAACAACACAGGGUAUAUGCUGCUGCUGGAAUAUUGCUGCUUCACUCGUAACUAUUCACCUCAUGGCUGUCAAGUCAUGUAAUGCCAUUCCGAUCAUUCAUUAUCCCGGGGCUCUAAUGCAAGCAGUGAUUGUCUGAAUAUAUUUUGCUGGAGCCUUUAUUCAUUGAAGAUGGUGACUGCACAUGUAUUGCCUAUUUUUAAUCAAAAUAUACUGAAACUGUGCAGGUUCACUUCUGGCUGUAAUACCGAGUCUGAACACUUGUAUCCCAUACUCACAUUUAUCGGCAAGAUGUACGAGAUCUCAGGAGUUUGCACAUGAGAGGUUUGGAUGCAAUUAUAAACAGUCAUGUAGAGGAAAUAUAAAUAUCAUUUCAGAGGCCAAAGAGCAAGAAGAUAAAUGGCUAGAACAAGAAGAGCUGCAAACUUCUGAAUCAGACCAGCGGAUUAUUUAUAACUGACAUGCAAAGCUGAAUCUCUAGGUCAGCUGAUCUUGGAGAUAUUGUCAGGUCUUUGACUACCCGGGUUGCUGCUGCACUUCAAGAUGACGUUCAAGGAGUUAACAUUGAGCUCAUUCCAAGCAGCUGCUUUAUGAAAAUCGCACAGUUUUUAUGUGCCUGGGCUGUACACAAGAUCCUUACGCACAGAACUACAGAUGGAUUCUUGCAAUGACGUUACUCAUGGAGGACCAGUCUGACUACUUUUCAGGUGGGACAUUGAAGUGAGGCCCCAUUUGUCCACUUAGAUAAAUAUAAAAGAUCCCAAGCAAAAAAAGAACAAAGAAGCUAAUGCCCUGUCCUUUGCAUUUUUACUCAAAAUAGGUGGCCUGAUCAUUGUGACAGAGCUGUUUUUAGGAGCUUGCUUACCUGCAAAUUAAAUUUUGUGUUAACCUGCUCUACAACAGUGAGCAUACUUUGAAAGAAGGAACAGAAAGACAAUAAACAUGAAAGAUCAGAGUAAACACUGGUUGUAAACUGUCUUCGUGACAUCCAGAACUGUAAAAUCUUUUUCUUGAUUUUCUUUGGCUGCUAAUACUUGCUUCCAUCCUGAUCCAGAUACAAACUAAAAAUACUGCUUGUUGGAAUUACACUGAAAGCCAAAAUGAUCAACAUUGGUGACUAAAUUGUCUUCUGGCUUAUUUCCACCACAAAUCAUCCCAAUAAAAAAAUAUAAAAGCAACUGAAGCAAGAGCAAUCUACUGAUUGAACUCAGCGGGUUGAUCAGCAUCUGUGGGAGAAACAGAAUUUGUCAGUACUUCAGUGUGAAACAUUGAAAGUUCCUUUUCUCCCGUGGAUGCUGCUCAACCUGCUGAGUUCUUCCAGAAGCUUGUUUCUUGCUCCAGAUUCCAGCAUUAGCCGUCUCUUGCUCCUAUGCAAGCAACUAAGUUUGACACAUCUCCAGGCUUGCCAGCAGCAAAUCACAAUACAGGAGUUCUUCCCUUCUCUUUCCUUUUCACCUUCUCCUCCCUUCAGAUUCCCUUCUUGGUUUUGCCUCCUUGGUCACAUGCUUCCAUUUCCAAGUUCACUUUU